AAAAUAAAAUGCAUGCAUGCUUAAAAAUGUUGGUGCUGAUUUUAGCUUACACCUGUCUUUAUCUAAUUUCUAGCUAUAUUUAUGUUCAUAUAUACUUACUCAAAUUAGUUCUAUAAAUACAAUUAGUGAAAGAGCUGAGUACUCUUAAUCUUGCUCACCAAUAUGAAACCUUUGAAUUUCAGAUUGUGCAAUAUCUCCAGUUACACUACUGAAUUGCUGGAGAUUGAAGCUGAUGACCCACAAUUACAUGUUCUGUUCAUCCCUGGAAACCCUGGUGUUAUUGGUUUAUACAAGGACUUUUUGGAAUUUUUAUUUGUGCUUCUUGGAGAAGUUGCAUCCAUUACUGCCAUUGGGCACAUUGCUCAUACCCAAAAGGACUGGGAGCAUGGGAGAUUGUUCUCAUUGCAAGAACAGAUUGAUCAUAAGGUCGAUUUCAUCCGAAAUGAACUGCAAAAUGUUGAAGUUCCUAUAGUUCUGGUUGGGCACUCUAUUGGUUCAUAUAUAUCUCUUGAAAUGUUGAGGAGGUGUAAGGAGAAGGUUGUAUAUUGUGUAGCACUCUAUCCAUUUUUAACGUUAAAUCCGAAGUCAUCGUGGCAGCCUAUCAUCGGGACGAUUUCAGGGUCUUUGAAAGUGUCUUCUCUAGUCAGUUGCAUUGUUGCAUUGUUGGGCAUGCUAGUUCCGAAGUGGGCUUUAAGGUUGAUUGCACUAAAGGUUAUCGGGAAAUCAUGUUCUGCUACUGUCGUCGAGGCUGCUUGCAGUCAUUUGCUGCAGUACCACGUUAUGCAGAAUGUGCUCUUUAUGACAAUGACAGAGUUCAAGAAGCUUUUGGAGCCACCAGACUGGACAUUCAUGAGGGAGAACAAGGACAAAGUCACAUUUUUGUUCGGUGAUGAUGACCACUGGGCUCCGCUUCUGAUGUUCGAAGAGAUCUCAAAGCAGGUUCCCGGAAUUGCUCUAUCUGUUGAAAGAGAAGGACACACGCAUUGUUUCUGCUGCACCGAAACUGGUUCGUUGUGGGUUGCUCGACAUGUAGCAUGCUUGAUAAACAGUCGAAUACUUAGUCCGGAGAAAUAAGGUCAGUCUCACUAUACAUAUGUUUUUCAACAACAAUGAUGAUCGAAUUGGUAACCGACUCGAGCAAUCCACUAGAGUUCAAAUUUGAUCAUUACGGAGAGGCAAUUCAACGGUAUCCUAAAUUAAUCAUAGAUAAAGUAAACAGAAACGCGUUGGUCGGUCCGAUGUGGGCACAAAGCAAAAAAAAUGUAUUAGUGAGGGAAUUAAUUAGUUAAGUACUAUAUGUUUGAUGCUAUUUGAAUAAAAUUUAGUGCAGGAAGUCAGGAAGUGUAUUAAUUCCACUAGUGCAGAAUCUCAAAGAUUAUCUGCAGAGUUUCUCUAAUAUUAUAAGCUUUGCACUGUCCAAAAUAUCGUACAUACAUCAAAAUAUUUUUAUAAUUUUACUUGACGAACUAGGUUCGCAUAGAA